AAGACCCGGGGAACUGACUGCCGGAACGUUUGUGUUGCAGCGCCUCGCCCCUUGCCGGUGCUCUUUCGCGAAGGGACCGUCUCUGCCAAGCGCCUGUUGGUAGGAACCUGCUUGGUCGCGUCUGAGGGGGCUUGUAGGUGGCUCUGGCUGAAACAGGCGCCUGCGAGAGUCUGUAGGAGGGAAACCGCCAUGGACGAUCAGGGUUGCCCUCGGUGUAAGACCACCAAAUAUCGGAACCCCUCCUUGAAGCUGAUGGUGAAUGUCUGCGGACACACUCUCUGUGAAAGUUGUGUAGAUUUACUGUUUGUGAGAGGAGCUGGAAACUGCCCUGAGUGUGGUACUCCACUCAGAAAGAGCAACUUCAGGGUACAACUCUUUGAAGAUCCCACUGUUGACAAGGAGGUUGAGAUCAGGAAAAAAGUGCUAAAGAUAUACAAUAAAAGGGAAGAAGAUUUUCCUAGUCUAAGAGAAUACAAUGACUUCUUGGAAGAAGUGGAAGAAAUUGUUUUCAACUUGACCAACAAUGUGGAUUUGGACAACACCAAAAAGAAAAUGGAGAUAUACCAAAAGGAAAACAAAGAUGUUAUUCAGAAAAAUAAAUUAAAGCUGACUCGAGAACAGGAAGAACUGGAAGAAGCUUUAGAAGUGGAACGACAGGAAAAUGAACAAAGAAGAUUAUUUAUACAAAAAGAAGAACAACUGCAGCAGAUUCUAAAAAGGAAGAAUAAGCAGGCUUUUUUAGAUGAGCUGGAGAGUUCUGAUCUCCCUGUUGCUCUGCUUUUGGCUCAGCAUAAAGAUAGAUCUACCCAAUUAGAAAUGCAACUUGAGAAACCCAAACCUGUAAAACCAGUGACGUUUUCCACAGGCAUCAAAAUGGGUCAACAUAUUUCACUGGCACCUAUUCACAAGCUUGAAGAAGCUCUGUAUGAAUACCAGCCACUGCAGAUAGAGACAUAUGGACCACAUGUUCCUGAGCUUGAGAUGCUAGGAAGACUUGGGUAUUUAAACCAUGUCAGAGCUGCCUCACCACAGGACCUUGCUGGAGGCUAUACUUCUUCUCUUGCUUGUCACAGAGCACUACAGGAUGCAUUCAGUGGGCUUUUCUGGCAGCCCAGUUAACCAUUUAUAAGAUUUAGACCUUGGAGCUGAACCAGGGAGCUAGCAAAAGUAAAGCAGACUUAUAAAAUUAUAGCUAUGUGCAGCUGCACAACACAGUCCUACCACUAGCAGCUGUGUUAAAGUAUUUAUAAGGAGAAAAUUUCAGAACUAAGUUGAGUAAUAUAGGGGAUAUAUAUUUGUGAAAAAUAAUUUUUACUUAUAUUUUUCAGAGGAUUUGACACAAUAAGCCUCAUCUGAUGGAAGAGAGGAAUAAAUAAUUCACCUAUAUGUGUUUGAGGUUGUGACAGACUUAUAAAAUCUUUUUAAAAAAUAAAGCUAUAAUUUAUAUUAA